AUGCUCAUUCUUAUCGCCGGUAUCACGGGAAUGUGUGGUCAGCCCUGCGCUCAAGUCGCGCUGGAUUGGGGCCAUCAAGUUCGCGGAAUGGGACGGAAUGCGGGUAAACUGGCCGAUAAAAUCGCGUGUCGCCUUGAGAGCUUCGUGUCAGUUGCCCAUUACUACGACCUGGAGGGUCUCCGUAAUGCUGUAGCGGGAGUCGACGCAGUGAUAUGUGCGUACAACAACAGUCCUGAGCUUGUGGUCGGGGCGCAGCUUGCGUUACUGUAUGCCGCGGAAAAGGCUGGUGUGAAAAUAUUUCACGCUGCCUCUUGGAAUUACGAUUGGACAAGGCUUCAACUCGGCGAACAUGAGAACUACGAUGCUUACAUUGCGUUCAAACGGACUGUUGAGAUUUCAUCAACCAUCAGGCCUUUGUACGGCUUUACUGGGGGGAUAAUCGAAUAUCCAUGGUAUCGCGACCGGACACGGAAUGCCAUCAACGUGGAGGAGGGUACUGUCUCGUACUUUGGCACCGGCACUGAAGAGCACAUUUGGAUUACCUUGAACGAUCUGGCUGCGUAUACCAUCUGUGCUAUCUCCGACCAACAAGCUACUGCAGGCGGGCUUUAUUACGUUGAGAGCUUCCGUGCAACCUUUCCUGACCUAGGAAGAGUUUACGGUGAAGCACGUGGCGUUGAGAUACGCGAAAUCUGUGUCGGCGAUACGCAGACAGCGCGACAACUGCUUCAGCAAGCACGCGAAAGCACUGCUACUUAUGAUUGGAAUAAGUACAUCGGCCUCGCAUACGUAACUGCUUUCAAUGAAGGCAAAUUAGGCUGGAAAGAAUCUAUUGAUAGCAAGCGGUGGGCAGGUCGAGUCCAUCAAACUGACUGGCGAAGCUGGCUGGCACAGCAUCAGGACGCCUAG